GCGCUGGCGGAAAUAAUACAGUCCAGUGUUCUCCGUAGUCAUCGUUGACUAGCUGGCCACAGUGAAUAGUGGAUUAGUCUUCAUAAAGAAAGUCCUAGUUUUCUGUGUUUUCUUGUUAAUUUUGUAACAAAAAUGCCACUAGAGAAUCUAGAGGAAGAGGGUUUGCCCAAAAACCCGGACCUGAGGAUAGCACAGCUGAAGUUUCUCCUCACAAUGGACGGUCACCGACAGGAUGCUAAAGUGAAAACCGAGCUCAUGGAUGCUAUCAAAGCUAACAACAUGGCACCGUAUUAUGAGGCCCUGUGUAAGGAGCUGAAGUGGCAGCUGGACAACGACCUCCUGGGUAAAAUGAAGAAAGCCAACGAAGAGGAGCUGAAGCGCCUGGAUGACGUGCUGGAGGAUGCAGAGAAGAACUUAGGAGAAAGUGAGAUACGAGACGCCAUGAUGGCCAAAGCUGAAUAUCUCAUCAGAAUUGGAGACAAGGAGGGGGCUUUAACAGCCUUCAGGAAGACCUAUGACAAGACAGUGGCUCUGGGUCACCGAUUAGACAUUGUCUUCUAUCUGCUGAGGAUCGGUCUCUUCUACAUGGAUAGCGACCUCAUAACACGCAAUUCUGAGAAAGCUAAGAGCCUCAUUGAGGAGGGGGGAGACUGGGACAGGAGGAACCGUCUGAAAGUUUACCAGGGCUUAUACUGUGUGGCCAUCAGGGAUUUUAAGCAAGCUGCUGAACUCUUCCUCGACACAGUCUCCACCUUCACUUCCUAUGAACUCAUGGACUACAAGACCUUUGUCACUUACACUGUCUAUGUCUGCAUGAUUGCCCUCAAAAGGCCUGAUCUCCGUGAAAAGGUGAUAAAAGGAGCAGAGAUCUUGGAGGUGCUGCACAGCCUGCCUUCUGUCCGCCAGUAUCUCUUCUCACUCUACGAGUGCCGUUACUCUGUGUUCUUCCAGUCUCUGGCCAUGGUGGAGCAGGAGAUGAAGAAGGACUGGCUCUUUGCGCCACACUACCGCUACUAUGUGAGGGAGAUGAGGAUCCAGGCCUACAGUCAGCUGCUAGAGUCCUACCGCUCUCUCACUCUGGGAUACAUGGCGGAGGCCUUUGGUGUCAGCACAGAGUUCAUUGACCAGGAACUGUCCCGGUUCAUAGCAGCCGGCCGUCUCCACUGUAAAAUUGAUAAAGUUAAUGAGAUUGUGGAAACCAAUCGACCUGAUAGCAAAAACUGGCAGUACCAGGAAACCAUCAAGAAGGGUGACCUGCUGCUCAACAGAGUCCAGAAGUUGUCAAGAGUUAUUAACAUGUAACUACAGUGGCCAUUUUUAUUACAGCAAAAGAAACUUGUUUUCUUCUUGGUAUUCCCAAAUCCUGUUGUUUGUUUGACAGUGACUCAGAUUGUGUACAUAAUAAAACCUGUUUACCUGCUAA